AUGUUGUCUAUCACGAACUUAUUGAGGCUCAACCACAUGAGAAAGCGAUUUUUUUAUCAAGACGUAUGGCGACUUGAUGGGGCUCACUUAAUCCGACCCUAUUCCCAUCGUUUGGUGGAACCGCUUAUUCGGACCAACACGACUAAAGCGUUUUGGCCUUGGUACUGUGCUGUUGAUCAUCUGGAAAACCCCGGACCGCUAAGAGAUCUUGACUAUGCUGGCGAUACUGGGGACAGGAAUCUCGAUAAUGGCCUAAGCUGGUAUGGGCCGGAGGGCAUGAAUAUCAAGCUUGCUACCCAGUGUGGAGGGUGGCUCUCAAAGCCGCAGCUGUGGCGCUGA